GCCCGAUUUACCUCUGGCCAGUGGCGGGGAAGCUAAAAGAAACGAUUUCAGAAGCAGAGUUUGAUUGAGGAAAUCACUGGGUUGCUCUGUUUUUUUCCUCUUCUUUUCCCAAAAUAGUUGUUGGGCGUGCCCUGGAAAGCUAGGAAGAAAUCAAAGGGCCGAACGGGUGCGCUAUGAAUUCAUUUCUAAGCCGAGCAUUGGCAAAAACUGCAUCAUCGCUUGCCACAACGAAGCGGCGUCGGUUUCUACAGCAACCCUCUCUCUUUCUGCAAUCUUACGCCGCCGCCGCUAAAACCGCCUCUGCCGGCAAUAGUGCAAGUCGUAAAACUACUUAUAAGCUGGAAAAGCCCAAGGUGUUUGAGCCCACCACCGCCACCACUGGAAAGCCCGAACCCGGAGAAAAGCCAGCUCCUAAGGCGUGGGAGAGGCCGAGCGAGAUUCCGUUUCAGGCCAAGGUAGCCAAUUCGGUGAACCUGAUCGGCAAAGUUCACAUUCCAGUCCAGUUCGAAGCCUCUCCUGACGGCAAGUACUGGGCUGGGACCGUUAUCACCCAGGACCAUCCUUCUGACUCUUCCCAACUUUGGAUUCCAAUCAUUUUUGAAGGUGAUUUGGCUCAUAUUGCUGCUUGUCAUUUGAAAGAAAAGGAUCGUGUUCAUGUAGCUGGCCAACUGAGUGCAGAUCCGCCUCUUGUGAAUACAAGUCAGGGUCAGGCCAAUAUUCAGGUUAUAGUGAAUAGCCUCAACUUCGUCCAGGGAUAUCCUCAAAUGAAGAAAAGUUUUACAUCUCAUGAAAAAGAGAUACCAUUACAAAAUUCUGAUGGUGCAGAGAAAAGUGGGGACCCAGUAUUAAAUUCUUGGAGAGAACUUCUUGAUGAUCCAAAUCAAUGGUGGGAUUAUCGUGAUAGUAAGCGCAAUGGAUCGGUGAAUCCAAGAUACCCUGAUUUUACAAAUAAGGUUGGCGGUCAAGGACUUUGGCUUUGGAGCGCACCAAAAUGGGUUUUGUCAGAACUUGAAGGAUUAAAGUUUGAUGUUCAAACCCAAAAAUCAAAACAAGUAAAGCAGCAAAAAGGUGAGUAUGGAAAAUAUUUCGUAUUCAGUAUCCCACAACUGUGCAUAAGAAUCGCAAUGUGACGGGGUGGGUUUCUC